CCAUUUCCUCCAUUUUUCAAACCUUUAAAAGCAAAUAAAACUCAGAAGGAAAAAGGAAAAAAGAAGGGGGAGAGAACUCAAACCCUCUCCCUUCGAAAAAUGCCCUUUCCCUCCCUUUCCCAAUUUAAACAACUCCUAACCAACUGCAAGAACCUACAGACUCUCUCCAAAAUCCAAACCCACGUCAUCAUCAAUGGCCUCAUCAGCCACCCCCCUCUCACAAUGCAAACCCUAAACCUCUACCUCUCCUUCAACCUCCCUAACCUCGCACUCUCCCUUUACAACUCACUCUCAAAACCCACAUUGUCAUUACAAAAUCUCAUACUCCGUUCCCUCUCCGAUCACGGGUACUACUCCCAUCUCCUUCAUUUUUACCACAACCUGCAAUAUUCGGGCUCUCACUGCUCAGAUAACUUCACAUUCCCCUUUGUAAUCAAGGCUUGCGCGGCCUUGUUAGCUCUCAGGACCGGGAAAGAGGUGCACUGUUCGGUUUUGAGGACCGGGUACGUGCACAAUCUGGUAAUGCAAACAACUCUUGUUGACAUGUAUGCGAAAAUGGGCUUGAUGGUUUGCGCUAGAACAGUGUUCGAUGAAAUUCUUGAGAGAGAUUUGAUUUCGUGGAAUGCGUUAAUUGCUGGGUAUUCAUUGAAUGGUAUGGGCUUAGAAGCCAUUAACGCAUUGCGAUCAAUGCAAGUGGAGGGUAAUUUAAGGCCCAAUUCGAGCACUUUUGUUAGUGUUCUUGGUUUGGGAGGGGAGAGGUUUGGGAAACAGAUACAUGGGUUUUGUCUAAAAUUGGGUUUUGUAAAGGAUUGUACUGUGGUGUCUGCUCUCAUCACAAUGUAUGCUGAUGUUGACUUGGGAGCUUCCAGAGUGUUAUUUGAUGAGGUUGAUUCGAAGGACUUGGUUUCUUGGAACACGAUGAUUUCUGCAUAUUCCCAUAAUGGCGAGGCCAAUGAGGCAUUUGAUAUCUUUAGCCUCAUGCAUAGCGAAGGAUGGAGGCCUAAUUUGGUUACUAUGAUAUCGGUUAUUCAAUCUUGCGGUGAUCUUUCCAGCAUUCAUCAUGGUGAGAUAAUACAUGCUCUUACGGUUAAACUUGGGCUUGCAGAUCUAAUAUCUGUGGCGACUUCGCUUGUAUCAAUGUAUGCUAAGCUUGGAGAAUUGGGUGCAGCUCAGAUUUUAUAUCAUGAAACACCUCAGAAAAGCCUUCUACUCUGCAAUUCAAUGAUCUCUGCCUAUAUUUUGAACGGGCUUCCAGAUAACAGUUUAGCCACAUUUCGUGAUUUGCAAGUCAACAAUCUAAUUCCUGAUUCAAUCAGCAUCAUUAGUGCAAUUUCUGGAUGUUCAAUGAGUAAAGAUUUGAAACUAGGGAAGUCUGUUCAUGCUUAUAGCCUUAGAAGAGGAUUUGAUUUGAACAUCAAUGUGAUGAAUGCGCUUCUGGCUCUCUAUUCCGAUUGCAAUCAGUUUUCUGAUAUAUGUAAGUUGUUUCAUAGAUUGAGAGCGAGAAAUGUGGUCUCUUGGAAUACUUUGAUAUCAGUGUGGGCUAGGAUUGGAGAUGCAAAGGCUUCAGUAGCUUCAUUUUGCCAAAUGCAAGAGGAAGAAACAAAUUUUGAUUUGAUCACAAUUAUCAACAUUCUACCUAGUUUUUAUCAGCACCAAGACCUCUACACUGGGAUAUUGUUCCAUUCUCUUGCGAUCAAAACUGGGUUUGAAUCCGAUGUUUCUCUCAAGAAUGCUCUUAUAAGUAUGUACACAAAUUUUGGUUUUAUUGAGGAUGCUCACCUUCUCUUUGAGAGCUUAUGCUUCAGAAGGACUGUAGUCUCGUGGAAUGCUUUGAUGACAGGUUAUCGAAACUUUAGCUUAUUUGACGAAGUAAUGUCCCUUUUCAAUCAAAUGAAGAGAGAAGCUCAAAAGCCAAACUCUAUAACAUUGCUCAAUCUCUUGCCUAGUUGUGAAACUAAGUUACAGGGGAAGUCGACUCAUGCCUUUGCCAUAAAAAAUUUCCUCGAAUUAGAUAAUUCACUUUGUACGUCUACAAUGUGUAUGUAUGCUAGGUUCGAGGAUUUGAACUCUUGCUGCUCAGUAUUCAAGACGAUGGAUAAAGGAAACAUUGUUUCUUGGAACACCAUGAUGUCUGUGUAUGUGCAAAGCAUGAAUGUAGGAAGAGCGAUAACCGCUUUCAAAGAAAUGCUUGAAAUGAGAAUAGAGCCUGAUUCUGUCACAAUGUUAACCCUAGCCUCUGCUUGUUCUAAUCUGAGCAGUCUAGCUCUAUCCCAUUCAUUGACAGGUUUUGCUAUUCGCAAGGGAUUCAAUAAGAGCACUGCAGUCGUCAAUGUUCUCAUCGACAUGAAUGCUCGAUCAGGAAGUUCAUCAUUUGCAAGAGAGAUAUUCGAUCAGUUGGAAUUGAAGGAUUCCAUCAGUUGGAGUGUCAUGAUAAAUGCUUAUGGGAUUAAUGGCGAUGGAGGAGGAGCACUUCGUUUAUUCUACACAAUGCAAGAGACUGGAAUAAAGCCUGAUGAUAUUACAUUUGUAAGCAUUCUUUCAGCCUGUGGUCACUCAGGAUUAGUCGAUGAAGGGCGGAAUAUAUUUGAAUCGAUGGCGAAAGUUUAUGGAAUUCAACCGAAAAUGAAGCAUGUUGCUUGCAUAGUCGAUCUUUUAGGACGAUCUGGGCACUUGGAGGAAGCUUAUGAGACUGUCAAGAAACUGGCGAAUUAUGAUGCCAAGUCCUGUGAAGAAAUGCUUGAAUCUUUGCUUGGGGCUUGCAGGAGCUAUGGUGAUGUGAGAAUAGGCGAAGAAAUUGGGAAGCUGUUGUCGGAGAUGAAUCAUUCAACUGCUCGUUCCCAGGUGAUGCUAUCGAAUAUCUAUUCGACGGUCAAGAGAUGGAGAAAAUCAGGGAGAUUGAGGCGUGAGAUGGGAGCAAAAAGGUUGAAAAAAGACCCGGGAUUUAGCCUUGUUGAAGUGAGUUAAAAAGGCCUUGAAGCCCUUGUAAAUUUGUUGUACAUUUAAAACAGUACUGGAUUAAAGGCUAAUAUAAGCUAUAGCUUCGUGGUAUGAUAGCAUGUAAGAACCAAAA